AAUACUGCUCGCAACUCAAAUAAUUAUUUAACUCUAAUAAUGUCAUUUUAACUUUAAUUAAUAUCAAAAUAAUGAUUGAUUUUUUUCAAUAAUUAUUCAAAUAGAUUAUAAACCAAUUAUCUACCUGAGAACUAUGUCAAUUACAUGAAUACGACCUAUGUAUCGAUCAUUUCUUUGGUGAACAAAUCUCACAGGUAAUAAACCUGAUACUUUACUUAGAUGAUAAAUAGGAAAUAAUCCCUGAUAAAUAUCUGAUUUGGAAUAAUUCUUCAAUUCUAUCAUCAAUUGAAACAACUUAACCGAAUAACAUUCUUAACACAAUAGCCAACACUCGAUACUGCGGCUUCUUCAACAUUUGACCAGUAUAGUUUUAAGCUACCUGUCAAUCGGUAAUCAGUAUUAAAUAAAUAUUUGUGAUAAUUAAUAAUAAAAUAAUCCAUUAGAAAUGGGUAAAGAUGAUGCUGAAACUACUGCUUUGAAAAAAGAACUUGAUGAUUUAAUUAAAAAAUGUCAGGAGGAUCAAAAAAAACAACAAGACACUAAACUUGAAGACGUGUGUGGUUCGCUACCAGAUGCUCCUAAAGUUAAAUUAUCCACUAAAAAACUUCUCAAAGGUCAUAUAAAUAAAGUGAAUUCUGUUCAUUACAGUGGAGAUAGCAGGCACUGUGUAACUGGAUCUCUUGAUGGUAAAUUAAUCAUAUGGGACUCAUGGACAGGAAACAAAGUUCAAGUAAUUCCCCUUCGAUCAGCUUGGGUCAUGUCAGUAGCUUUUGCACAGUCUGGAAAUUUUGUUGCUUGUGGUGGCAUGGAUAAUAUGUGUACUGUUUAUGAUGUUAAUAAUCGAGAUGCCACAGGAUCUGCUAAAAUUACUAGAGAGCUUCUUGGAUAUGAAGGGUUCUUAUCAUCAUGUCGAUUUUUAGAUGAUAAAAAUCUCAUCACUGGUUCUGGAGAUAUGAAAAUAUGUAUCUGGGAUCUAGAAGCAGGAAAAAAAACGACAGAUUUUUGUGCUCAUGCUGGAGAUGUUGUGAGCAUCAGUCUUUCUCCUGAUGGUAAUAGUUAUAUUACUGGAUCUGUUGAUAAGACAUGUAAGUUAUGGGAUAUAAGAGAAGAAAAAGCUAGACAAACAUUUUUCGGUCAUGAAGCUGAUGUCAAUUCUGUUUGUUUCCAUCCAUCUGGUCAAGCUUUUGUUACAGCUUCGGAAGAUAAAACUGCACGACUUUGGGAUCUUAGAUCAGAUCAACAACUUGCAACAUAUAAACCUCCAAAUUCCAAUCCUGGAUAUACUUCAUGUGGGUUGUCUUUAAGUGGAAGAUUUAUUUUUUGUGCCAGUGAUGAUAAUUCUAUUCACAUAUGGGAUACUUUAAAAGCUCAAUAUAAUGGAGCAUUAAAUGGACAUGAAAACAGAGUAACAUGUUUGAGUGUUGCACCUAACGGAAUGGCAGUAGCAAGUUGUUCUUGGGAUCAAUUCGUGAGGAUCUGGGUUUAAAUAAUUUACUAUCAUUGUCAUAAAAAAUUAGAUCAUAAUUAAAGUUAUUGAUAAACAAAAAACGAAAAAAUAGAGCAGUGAAAUUUAAUUCUAUUUAAAUAUCGGGACAUUUGUGAAU